AUGGCUACCAAUGGCAGCAGCUCAGCCGUCGACAAGCUCGACUUCACCACCUUCGGCAAUGAGGGGGAAAAUCCACCAGCACCCGUCAGUACGCUCGAAGACGUCAACAGAGCUGUUGAACCGGCUCGGAAUGCAGCAAAGAGCUGGGCAGCAGUACCAAUGUCAAAGCGCCAGCAAGUUCUCAAGGCCUUCACCGACGCUUUCGAGGCACAAGAAGAAGGCUUCGUCCAGAUGCUAGUGAAGGAGCAGGGCAAGUCGAUCAGCGAAGGCCAUCAUGAAUUCCGGCUCAGCUUGCAGUUCCUCCGCGGCUUUUGUGGGCUCGACCUACCUGAGGAGCUCCUUGAGAGCAGCGAAACACGGAAGGUCACUGUACAAUACACACCACUUGGGGUCGUCGCCGGCAUUGUGGCAUGGAACUAUCCUAUCUUCAUCGCGUGCGGGAAGAUUGGACAAGCCCUAGCCACUGGCAAUACUCUGAUCCUGAAGCCGUCUCCUUUCGCGCCGUACUGCAACCUGAAACUGGCUGAGCUGGGCACACGCUUCUUCCCACAUGGUGUAUUCCAAGCACUGAGCGGCGACGACGACCUCGGACCGUGGCUCACAGAACACCCUUGUAUCGAUGUCGUCAGCUUCACAGGCUCUGUUGCGUUAGGUAAACAGAUAGGAGAGACCUGCGGAAAAUCCCUGAAGCGGUGCAUCCUCGAACUCGGGGGAAACGACCCAGCUAUUGUGUGCGCAGACGUGGACAUAGCUGCUAUUGCGCCCGUCAUCGCCUAUCUCACCUUUGCUAAUUCAGGCCAGAUCUGUAUCAUACCCAAACGCGUCUACGUCCAUGAUUCGAUCUACGACAAAUUCCUCUCCAUCUUGGCUGCCUACGCGACGAACCUCAGCUUGAAACAGGAGGAACAGGGUGCUAUAGGACCGGUGUCCAACCAGCCCCAGUAUGAACGGGUGAAGCAUAUGCUUGAAGACAUCGAGAGGAAUCAUCUCACCAUAGCUGCUGGGAGCACGAAGCCCCUGACGGACCGACGGGGCUUCUUUCUGUCUCCGACUCUCGUUGAUAACUCGCCGGACAGUUCGAGAAUUGUCACAGAAGAGCCACUUGGACCCGUGGUCCCAGUGAUGAGAUGGACGGACGAGUCAGACGUCAUCAAUCGCGCCAACAACACCGACUUCGGCCUCAGUGCCUCCGUGUGGUCAAGAGAUGCUGCGCAAGCUGAGUGCAUGGCCCGACAGCUCCAGGCGGGGAACAUUUGGAUCAACACGCACGCAGCAACGGACCCGAAGUUUUCGUCUGGGAGCUUCAAGAAUAGCGCAAACGGUGCUAACUUUGGAGUCAUGGGUUUGAAGGCCUAUUGUAAUCUGCAGACGAUACACGCCCGACUAGGUUGA